AUGGAUACCGACUUAUAUGACGAGUUUGGAAAUUAUAUUGGACCAGAGCUUGAUUCUGAUGAAGAUGAUGAUGAACUGGGCAGAGAGACCAAAGAUCUUGAUGAGAUGGAUGAUGACGAUGAUGACGAUGAUGUAGGAGAUCACGAUGAGGACCACCCUGGAAUGGAGGUGGUGCUGCACGAGGACAAGAAGUACUACCCCACAGCUGAGGAGGUGUAUGGUCCUGAGGUGGAGACCAUCGUGCAAGAGGAAGACACCCAGCCUCUCACCGAACCUAUAAUUAAGCCGGUGAAAACCAAGAAGUUCACUCUGAUGGAGCAGACUUUACCUGUCACGGUGUAUGAAAUGGACUUCUUGGCAGAUUUGAUGGAUAACUCGGAGCUCAUCAGAAAUGUGACCCUCUGUGGCCAUCUCCACCAUGGCAAGACAUGUUUUGUAGAUUGUUUAAUAGAGCAGACUCACCCGGAAAUCAGGAAGCGCUAUGACCAAGAUCUGUGCUACACUGACAUCCUCUUCACAGAGCAGGAGAGAGGUGUUGGCAUCAAAAGCACUCCAGUGACAGUGGUCUUGCCAGAUACCAAAGGAAAGUCUUACCUCUUCAAUAUCAUGGACACUCCAGGACAUGUGAAUUUUUCUGAUGAGGUCACAGCUGGCUUGCGCAUCUCAGAUGGAGUUGUCCUUUUCAUCGAUGCGGCUGAAGGGGUGAUGCUAAACACAGAGCGGCUGAUCAAGCACGCAGUACAGGAGAGGCUGGCGGUCACCGUGUGCAUCAACAAGAUUGACCGGCUGAUCCUGGAGCUAAAGCUGCCUCCAACUGAUGCUUAUUAUAAGCUGCGCCACAUCGUAGAUGAGGUCAACGGAUUAAUAAGCAUGUACUCCACCGAUGAGAACCUGAUCCUUUCCCCACUCCUGGGCAACGUCUGCUUCUCCAGCUCCCAGUACAGCAUCUGCUUCACACUCGGCUCCUUUGCCAAGAUCUAUGCUGACACCUUCGGUGACAUUAACUACCAGGAAUUUGCUAAAAGACUCUGGGGUGACAUCUACUUCAACCCCAAAACACGAAAAUUCACAAAAAAGGCCCCAACCAGCAGCUCCCAGAGGAGCUUUGUGGAGUUUAUCUUGGAGCCUCUGUAUAAGAUCCUUGCUCAGGUUGUGGGUGACGUGGACACCAGCCUCCCCAGGACCCUGGAUGAGCUUGGCAUUCAUCUGACCAAAGAAGAGCUUAAGCUGAAUAUCCGCCCCCUGCUCAGGCUGGUCUGCAAAAAAUUCUUUGGUGAAUUCACAGGCUUUGUGGACAUGUGUGUGCAGCAUAUCCCCUCUCCAAAGGUGGGCGCCAAGCCCAAGAUUGAGCACACCUACACUGGCGGUGUGGAUUCUGAUCUCGGCGAGGCCAUGAGCGACUGUGAUCCUGACGGUCCCCUGAUGUGCCACACCACCAAGAUGUACAGCACGGAUGAUGGAGUUCAGUUUCAUGCCUUUGGCCGGGUGCUGAGUGGCACCAUCCAUGCUGGGCAGCCCGUGAAGGUGCUGGGGGAGAACUACACCCUGGAGGAUGAGGAAGACUCCCAGAUAUGCACCGUGGGUCGUCUUUGGAUCUCUGUGGCCAGGUACCACAUUGAGGUGAACCGUGUUCCUGCUGGCAACUGGGUUCUGAUCGAAGGUGUUGAUCAACCAAUUGUGAAGACAGCAACCAUAACUGAACCCCGAGGCAAUGAGGAGGCUCAGAUUUUCCGCCCCUUGAAGUUCAACACCACAUCCGUUAUCAAGAUUGCUGUGGAACCAGUCAACCCCUCAGAGCUACCCAAGAUGCUGGACGGUCUGCGCAAGGUCAACAAGAGCUAUCCAUCCCUCACCACCAAGGUGGAAGAGUCUGGAGAGCACGUGAUUCUGGGUACUGGGGAGCUGUACCUCGACUGUGUGAUGCACGAUUUACGGAAGAUGUACUCAGAGAUCGACAUCAAGGUGGCUGAUCCCGUUGUCACGUUUUGUGAGACGGUGGUGGAGACAUCUUCCCUCAAGUGCUUUGCUGAAACGCCCAAUAAGAAGCCUGUAGACAUGCACCAGAACCGCUCCUCAGUCAUCAACCCCCCCAUCUCCUUUCCAGUGAUUCGAAAUGUCAAGUUUAAGAUCCUGGAUGCAGUGGUUGCCCAAGAGCCCUUGCACCGGGGCGGGGGCCAAAUCAUCCCCACGGCCAGGAGAGUUGUCUAUUCUGCCUUCCUCAUGGCCACUCCUCGUCUGAUGGAGCCUUACUACUUCGUGGAGGUCCAGGCCCCUGCAGAUUGUGUCUCUGCUGUGUAUACUGUCCUGGCCAGGCGCAGGGGGCAUGUGACUCAGGAUGCACCCAUCCCAGGCUCCCCUCUCUACACCAUCAAAGCUUUCAUCCCCGCCAUUGACUCUUUUGGCUUUGAGACCGAUCUGCGGACUCACACCCAGGGGCAGGCCUUUUCCUUGUCUGUCUUCCACCAUUGGCAGAUUGUGCCCGGUGAUCCUCUGGACAAGAGCAUUGUCAUCCGUCCCCUGGAGCCACAACCAGCUCCUCACCUGGCCCGAGAAUUCAUGAUCAAAACCCGUCGCAGGAAGGGACUGAGUGAGGAUGUGAGCAUCAGCAAGUUCUUUGAUGAUCCUAUGUUGCUGGAGCUCGCCAAGCAGGAUGUUGUGCUCAAUUACCCCAUGUGA